AUGCCGCCUAACAUCAUCCUCAUCCUUCGCGGCGUCCAGGCCCUUCUGGCCGUUGUUACUCUAGGACUGAUCGCAUACUUCGUUAACUGGCUCCGCGAAAGACUUGUAUUUGGAGGUCUCGACAGUGCCAACUUCUUGCUUUUCGACAGCGUUUGGACACUGUUCAUCGCCUUACCGUUCCUUGUCUUCUCACCAAAAUUCUUCCCGGCGAUCGCCCACCAAUAUGCGCUUCUCGGUGUUGAAGCAGCCACUGUCCUCUUCUGGUUCUCUGCCUUUAUCUCCCUGGCUGUCGAUACCAGCAGUAUUGGAGAAUGUACCGUGUGCAGCGUCGUCAAGGCUGCCAUAGCCUUUGGUGCUUUCGAAUGGGCUCUUUUCCUUGCUACAUUCGUGCUCAACCUGAUGCCCAUAUUAAACAAUAGAAACAAAGCGGCUCCCGAGGUUCAGCAGGAACAAUAUGCGGUCUAG